CGCCCUGCUCUGAGCAUGUCGGAGAGUUUCGACCGAGCUCCAGGUGCCGGCCGAGGCCGAAGCCGGGGCCGAGGAUGCACCGCUCCCUUCAGCGGCGCUGCUCCCUUUAGUGGCGCGGGCGCGUUGGAGAGCGGUGGCGGGGCCCGCCUCAGGGGCAGCGGUUCCCACAGCUCAGGCUUGGCCCAGGAGCAGCAUCACCAAACGGGCGGCCUCUUCGCACGGCAGGAACCACUGCGGCCUCCGAAGACGGCGCCGCUGGCCGCCCGCAUCGCAGAACACCUCCAACAGACAGGAAUUCCAUCUGGAUCACAAGAUAAAGUUUCGGUUCCUGAUUCUGGACCAGCAAUGGCUGAACCUCGGGUGUCUGUGGCUCCUGUGGUAACAUCAAAGUUGUCUGUUAAAGCACCUGAGUUUUAUCCAUCAGGAUACAACCAGAACUUCAAUCAGAACUUCGCAGAUUCUUCCUUUGAAGAGAGAUAUGAUGGCUAUCUGACUUUGGCAGAAUAUGUACAAGACUUCCUAAAUCACCUCACCGAGCAACCAGGUUGUUUUGAAACUGAAAUAGAGCAGUUUGCCGAAACACUGAAUGGCUGGGUCACUGCAGAUGAAGCUUUACAAGAACUUGUUGAACUCAUCUAUCAGCAGGCCACAUCUGUCCCAAAUUUUUCCUAUAUGGGAGCACGGUUGUGUAACUAUCUAUCUCACCAUCUAACCAUUAGCCCACAAAGUGGGAACUUCCGACAGUUGUUACUUCAAAGGUGUCGAACAGAAUAUGAAAACAGAGAUGAAGCUACCAGAGGAGAUGAGACUACUCGAAAACAAUUUCAUGCCUUUGUGUUGUUCUUAGCUGAACUUUACCUUAACCUAGAGAUUAAAGGAACAAAGGGACAGGUAAUGCGAGCAGAAAUUCUUCAAGAAGGCCUUCGGGAAUUACUAAAUGCACUCUUCUCUAAUCCUGUGGACAGUAAUUUGAUAUGUGCAGUGAAACUGCUGAAGUUGACAGGCUCAGUUUUAGAAGAUGCCUGGAAAGAAAAAGGAAAGAAUGAUAUGGAGGAGAUGAUUCAGAGAAUUGAAAAUGUUGUGUUGGAUGCAAACUGUAGCAGAGAUGUGAAACAUACGCUUCUGAAACUAGUAGAACUGCGAUCAAGUAACUGGGGUAGAGUUCAUGGAACUUCUCCACAUAGAGAAGCUACCCCUGAAAAUGACCCAAACUAUUUUAUGAAUGAACCAACAUUUUACACUUCUGAUGGUGUUCCUUUCACUGCAGCAGAUCCAGAUUACCAAGAAAAAUACCAAGAGCUGCUUGAAAGAGAGGAUUUCUUUCCAGAUUAUGAAGAAAAUGGAACAGAUCUAUUGGCACCUGGAGAUCCGUAUUUUGAUUACAUGGAUGAUGAGAUGGAUCCAGAAAUUGAAGAAGCAUUUGAGAAGUUCUGUCUAGAAUCAGAACAUAAGAGAAAACAGUGAGAUGUUGCACACUAACAUUAGUUUAUUAAGCCAGUUUAGGUAUGGUUAGAAUACAGGGGGAUAUAAAACAUUUGUACCAAAAUAAGGAACUUGAGUUUCUCCAAGUACUAAAGGUAUACAAUUUCCAUUUUGUUUAACAGAAUCUGCCAAAAAUUGUAAACUUAUGCCCUGUAACUUAAAAUGUUGUGUAUAUAUCAUAGUUUAUUUUAUGUACAGGUAUAUGAACAAUGUUUUGGCUGCAAUAAAAAUUAUUUUAGAAUUAUCAUAACUGAAAUUAAAAUUGACUGGGAACUCUGUCCCAUAAAAUUUGCCUUGAGGGAGAAAGGGGAAGAAUAACUUGAUUAAAUUUAAUUGCUUGCUUGCUUGUUCUAGUAUAUAUUGGGAUUUAAUCAUUCUUUUUACCAGGAUACCUAGUUUUAGGUUUUGGUUUGUGGGGUUUGGUGGGGGUUUGGGGGUUGGGUUUGUUUUUUUUUCCUGUAGAUCACAAUCAUGACAAAUGCUUUGUGAAGGUUUUGUUUUGUGGGGGUUUUUUUGUUUCGUUUAUUUCCUUUUUCUUCCUGUUCCAAAACCCAUAUGGUGAGGUCCAGGCUUUUUUUUUCUGGAAUAAACAUGUUGUAUGUUGAUGUGUGAAAAAGCAAGCAGUAGUUUGGAAGUUGGGUGCUUUCUAGAUCUCUGGUUCAGAUAAGCUUACUUUCAACGUGUACAAGCAAAAAUUAUCCUUUAAUUUGUCGUGUUCUUCAAGACUACAUGAAUAUAGUUAUGGUUUAACCCAUGCUUCUCAAGAGUAUGUGCAGUGCUCGAUAUAAAUAUAUAUCUUUUUUUAUGUAUCUAACAUGUCUAACCUUCCGGCAACCCUUGUAACUUUCUCUAUUCUUCUAAUUUUAUGUAGUUUGAUUUAAUUUUGUAGUUGGAGUGAAUUCAUAUAUUUCACGAAUGUUAACAAUCUGAACCCCAUAUAAUCAUGUUUGUUUUCCUAAUAUGCUCCGUUGUUGUUGCCAAACUCAGUUGUACUGUUUCCUGUUAUCUGUUACUGGUUAGACUGAGUAGAACCCCUUACCAAAAACAAAUGGAAAUAUUUCCGAAAAGUUGGCUACUAUAAAGAACACGUUGUAAAUACGCAUGUAAAUAAUUCUGUUAAUAUUUCACUGUUACUGGUUAAAUAACUUGUGCAUCUGCUAAUAGAGUGAGCGCUGACUGUUUUCUCUGUGUUUAUUUAACAUACUUAUUUAGGCUGGAGUUUUGGAAAAUAAAAUUUAAUAAGCUUUGU